UCAACUGUCAACAGUUGUCAUGUCAAUUUCAAACAAAUAUCAAAAACAUUUAAAAUUGCUGCGAAAAAAAAUCUAAUUUACAAUGUUAUAAUGGAGAUUUUAAUAAGAUUUGUGCCUACAAAUCCCUUAAAGUUAGCUGCAUCAAGGAUAAUAUUUACUCAUGUAGCCCAUUAUACACGACUGGCAGAGGUAGGUAAAUUAGAAGUGCCUAAAACAACGGGCAAGUAUGAAACCGGACAAUUGAUAUUGCACAAGGUAUUCGGUUAUCGUGGUGUCAUACUCUUCCCUUGGUUAGCAAGAGUAUAUGACAGAGAUGCGACGAAUAAAAAAGAGACUAUGGAAUCAGCAGAAUCCGCCGAUGCAAAUAGAGACUCUUUGUCGAAUGUAGGCAAAGAAGUUAAGGGAAGAACUCACACAUUUUACCAAGUUCUGAUAGAUACCAGAGAUGCACCUUACAUAACUGUGCAAACACACAUCGAUAUGAGACCUGAAUGGAAGAAAAAGCGGGCUCAAACUGAAGCUGUAACAUUUCUGGGCAACCAAGAGUCCAGUCGCAGUCUAUACGCUAUACCUGGCUUGGACUACGUGGCACACGACGACAUUAUACCGUACGCGUCCGUGGAGCGUGUGCCACUUCAGCACGAGCUAUUUGACAAGUUCCUCAUGCACAACCCUGAUAAAGACCCACCGUUUAUACCGCAAGAAACCCUCCGCGCGUGGCAAAAGAAGAACCACCCGUGGCUCGAGUUGAGCGACGUCCACCGCGAGACCACCGAGGGGGUGCGGGUCACAGUCAUACCAUUUUACAUGGGCAGUCGAGAGUCACAAAAUUCAGCCGUUUACUGGUGGCGGUAUUGUAUCCGCUUGGAGAACAUGGGCUCGCAAGCGGUGCAACUGCGCGAGCGGCACUGGCGGAUCUUCUCGCUAAGCGGCACGCUGGAGACGGUGCGCGGGCGCGGCGUGGUGGGGCAGGAGCCGCUGCUGGCGCGCCACUCGCCCGCCUUCCAGUACAGCAGCCACGUGAGCCUGCAGGCGCCCAGCGGACAUAUGUGGGGUACUUUUCGAAUGGAGCGCGAGGAUGGCUACACGUUCGACUGUCGCAUUCCGCCGUUCUCCCUCGAGAGCAAGCCGGACGAGGGCACGCCGGUCGCGCCCACCGCGGCGGCGUGAGAUACACUUCGCGUCAUAGCAAAUAGUACUAAAAUUGUUUUGUUAUACACCGUGAAGUUUCCUUCGUCUUAAACCGAAAUGCCACAUAAUGUACCCAAUGUAUAUUAUAAUCCAGUCAAAUAAGACUUUGAAGGUCACAAUAAUUCCUAUUAAGCUAAAAAUUUGUAUGAAUGUUCAGAAUAAUUUUAUAAAUGAAUUGUGAAAAGUUCCCAGUGCCGCGGGACUUGUUUCGUGUCGCGGAUUCUAUCGCCAUCAUCGUCAUGGUGACGUCAUUCACUUUAAAGUUCACUUACUUCAUACUUACGAACCAGAAUUAAUUGUUUAAAUUUUAUUUAAUUAAUUGUUUAAAUUUUAUCAUAAAUUAAAAAAAUAUUUAUUCGUUAGCGUGGAGUAGCUUUGGGUCAUUUUUAAUAUUGUUAAGGAGUUUCUUGUAUUGGACUAGUAAAUGUCGGGCCGGCUUACAGACGGUGAAACUAGCACGGUGUAUAUUGAAAGCCAAAACUAACAAAACAUAGCAAGAUAUUACGGAGGUCUGAUAUUAAUUUGGUUUUCUAUAAAUUUUUUUCAUAUGUCCAUUUUUUGACAAUUCACAUUGUGAUUGUCUGUAUGGAUAUCGGUAGCUGUCUCAAACGUUUUAAUUCUCAUUUUUUUUAUCUUCAAAUGUUUAUUUGACUGAAAUCAGUGAAAACUGAAAAUAUUAACCAUAUGAGAACAGUCCAAAAUGAUAAUUUAAAACAAUCAUACGCUUAUUUGAUUAUAUAUGUUGAAAAUCUUAAUAAUUGGGUUUCCUGAUUAUGUUUACAAACUAUAUUUUAAUGUGUCUAUUGUAUAAAAUUAGUUUGUAACUGUAAGGAUUACUGUAUAAAAGGAGUACUCAACCAUUAUUAUUAAAAGUUCUCUUCAAGAUUUAAAAUAAGAAAGAAGGAAUUUCAAAAUUCUACCUCAACAAAUACAUACUAUACAUUUGUAUUAUGUAUUUGUUGAGGUCCACUUUUGCCAUGCCAUCUUGAAAAUAUUAUUAGAUCGCUCUGGAAAAAAAAAAUAUAUAUUGAUUGAAAUAUUGAUAUAUAUUGGAAUAUGUAUUUACAACAGUAAAGUGAGAAUAUAAAGUCAGCAAUUUAAUAGCAGAUUCAGCAAUUAUAAAAUGAAGCUAGAGUAGCUGAGUUUUUAUAAAUAUGUACCUAGUAUACCUAAUUAAAGCAAUGGUGUGAAGUAGAUUCACCAAAGUCAUUAUUUUUAAUUUAUUCAAUAGUGCAAGAAUAUUUAUUAUUGAAGUAUGUUACUUGACCCUUUUUAGACUAUAAACAGAAAUUCCCUAGUUAUGGUAACGAAUUUUUAGAUCUUUAAUAAAUUACAGUAUUCUGUU